AUGGCUCCUGUUCGAGGAAUUUUUAACGCAAGUGGCGUUUCAUGUCAUCUUUCAACUGCUCUGUUGGUUCUAUGUCAUGCUUUGAAACCAAUAAGCGAUGUUUUAAUUCGAUUGUCUCAGACCGAUCAAGCAGACUAUUAUUUUCGACAUCUCGGAUUACUUUUUCAGAAGCUUGGCGACGAUGAAGACGAUGAGCCUGUUGAUCCGACGAGCGCAUACGAUAUCAUUGAAACAAAAGUAGGAGUGAAUUCUAGCGAUCUGGGUGAUGCCACUUCAACGCUUGCCAAGCUCCUACAAAGCAUUCGUGAAGCACCUCCGGCGAGCUCCGUAUAUUUGCAACCUAUUCUGAAUUUAACAGUCGACGGUGGUCAAAUUCAUUCCGAACUCACGGGCUAUCAGCUCGACGAGCUGUACCCAAACAGUGUCAACAUGCGGUUGAAAACGCUUGACUCUCGACCUAUGCCGGUGCCCUUUUCACUACCAGCCAAACAUUCGACUUUGACCCAGUGUCUAGAAGCUAAACUAUCCCCGCAAGAUCUGAGAUCGUAUACAUGGUCCGGUGCGUUUACAGAGACGGUGGUUUCCAGAGACGAUGUUGAUACUUGCAAUUUGAAGGGCCGCGGUUGGACAACAACGAGACGCAUUGUCGUUGAAAAAAUACCAUCAGUUUGGAUUUUACAUUUAGAGCGUUUUGAGUACCAUGAUGGACGGCUGGAGCCUUUGUAUCAUACAGUUGAGAUUCCUGAAAAGCUGGAGCUUGGUCGAUCUUCGAUAUGUACGAGCAAAGACUUCGUUUUGGCAGGAGGCAUACUUCAUGUCACAGAUACUGAAGACAUAGACGAUCCGGACAACGAGGGGGGUCACGUUGUUGCGGUUUUACGGGGCGCAGGUGACCAGUGGAAUCUUAUUGACGAUGAGAAAGUCGUGAAAAUAUGUUCGAAAACAGCAUUGGAACUCUUUGCGGGCUCUAAGAGCCAAAAGGCCCUCAAAGGCUCCUUUGUUUGCGGGGUUCUUCUGGUUUAUCAAAACAAUGCUUCCCUUGAAGCUACAACGUCUACGCUCACUGCCAUUAUGCAACAGCUAGACAAGCAUUUGAUCAAUUGGUCCGAUCCUAAUUCUUUGAUUGGCCGUCGUCUUCGCAUUUUGUG